AUGAGGCUGUUGGUGUGGGUGGCGGCGGCGGUGGCCACUUGGAUCAUGGCGGCUUGCACCGCCGCGGCGGCGCACCCUGGCGGCGGCGAGCAGCCGCUGUCGAGGAUAGCCGUCGAGAGGGCGACCCUCGCCGUCGACGGCGCGGCGCAUGUCGAGGCGUCCCCUACUGUUCUCGGACAGAACGGUCAGACCAAUGAAUGGGUCGAGGUGGAGUUCUUCCACCCCAACCCCUCCGCCGACGACUGGAUUGGAGUUUUCUCUCCAGCCAAUUUCAGUGCAGCAAUCUGUGAGCCUGAGAACAAGAGGGAAUACCCUCCGGCGCUAUGCACAGCACCCAUCAAGUACCAAUUUGCAAAAUUCAAGAAUGAUGGAUACAGUAAGUCCGGAAAGGGCUACCUGAAGCUCCAGCUCAUCAACCAGAGGGAAGACUUCUCAUUUGCACUUUUUUCUGGGGGUCUCUUGAAGCCGAAGCUGAUUGCCGUCUCGAACAAGGUGGCAUUCACGAAUCCAAAGGCACCCGUCUACCCACGUUUGGCGCAGGGGAAGUCUUGGAACGAAAUGACAGUCACUUGGACAAGCGGAUACGACAUCAAAGAAGCAGUUCCUUUUGUUGAAUGGGGUGAAAAGGGAGGACGCAGGUUUCUCGCUCCAGCUGGGACACUGACAUUCGACAGAAACAGCAUGUGUGGUGCACCGGCGCGAACAGUUGGUUGGCGCCAUCCUGGUUACAUUCAUACUAGUUACUUGAAGGAUCUGUGGCCAGACUCAAUGUACACCUACAGGCUUGGCCAUAGGUUACCGAAUGGUACCCGCAUCUGGAGCAAGUCAUAUAACUUUAAAGCGUCACCUUAUCCUGGACAGGAUUCUUUGCAACGGGUUGUUAUAUUUGGGGACAUGGGGAAGGCAGAGGCAGAUGGUUCCAAUGAGUACAAUGACUUCCAGCCAGGCUCACUGAACACUACAAACCAGAUCAUCAGAGACCUGGACAAUGUCGACAUGGUGGUCCACAUCGGGGACAUUUGCUAUGCGAAUGGCUAUUUGUCACAGUGGGAUCAGUUCACUGCUCAGAUUGAACCGAUUGCUUCAACUGUUCCCUACAUGAUUGGCAGCGGUAAUCAUGAGAGAGACUGGCCUGGAACUGGUUCUUUCUAUGGAAAUCUCGACUCUGGUGGAGAAUGCGGUGUUCCUGCGCAAACUGUGUUCUACACUCCUGCUGAGAACCGUGCAAAGUUUUGGUACGCUACCGAUUAUGGCAUGUUCAGGUUUUGCAUAGCCCACACUGAAGAAGAUUGGAGGCCAGGGACCGAGCAGUAUGAGUUCAUCCAGCACUGCCUGUCGUCUGUUGACAGACAGAAGCAACCAUGGCUCAUCUUUCUUGCACACCGUGUUCUGGGGUACUCAUCCAACUCUUACUACGCAUUCGAAGGCACGUUUGAGGAACCAAUGGGGCGAGAAGCGCUGCAAGAACUCUGGCAGAAGUACAAAGUCGAUCUUGCCUUCUACGGUCACGUCCACAAUUAUGAAAGGACUUGUCCAGUAUACCAGAGUCAGUGUGUUGUUAACGCAUCGAACCACUAUAGUGGCCCAUUCCAGGCAACGACACAUGUUGUUGUCGGUGGCGCUGGUGCCAGCCUUUCGGACUUCUCCAGUUCAAAGAUCCAAUGGAGUCACUUCAGGGACUUUGACCACGGUUUCGCCAAGCUCACGGCCUUCAAUCACUCAUCCUUGUUGUUUGAGUACAAGAAGAGCCGUGACGGCAAUGUGUAUGACCACUUCACGAUCUCGCGUGACUACCGAGACGUCCUGGCUUGCUCUGUCGACAACUGCCCAAGGACUUCGCUGGCUUCCUGAAUGCCUGAUACUUCAGAGUGGGGAAUCCAUCGAUAGGGGGCUCUUAGAGAAAGUAGUAGUUACUGUACAUACUCUUUUAGCUGCAUCAAUAAAUUGUUUUUGCUACAUCGACAAUUGCGCAAGGAAUACACUAAAUUUUUUUGUUGUCUA